UUGUUUUGGUAGUGAAUACAGGAUUUGGGAAAGUGAGCUAAUGGAUGGAAAACCAGGGGCUCGGUAGCUCCUACUAUCGCAAUUGCGUUCUAUCAAGCGGAUUCUGUGGCGGCGAUUUAUUCGACGUUGGGGUAUCUUGUGGCUAUUAUUUCGGUCAUUGCUAUGCCUAUCAUGCCUAGGGCCAAGUACUUCCAGACUUUGAUGCUGAAUCUUUUCGGUAUCUGUACUGGCUCGGCUGUGGCAUUACUGGGUCUUUGGUCGGGAAUACAAGCUCGACAACAUACUGCUCCUGGAAGUACUGAUUAUAACUCUUCUCAAGCAGCUGUUUGCGCAAUCUGGUUGUUUGCCAAUAUCUGGUUCGUCAACACAUUGAGAGCAAAGGUUCCGGCACUGCAGUUCCCGGUCAUUAUGUAUAGUAUCUUCACCAACGUGGCUUUUACCUACGGGCCAUUAUUCCCAACUACCUCUGUAGCAGAGGCUUUUAUCAAGAAGCUACUGGAGAGCUUUCUGACUGCUUUUGGACUUGCUACUGGGGUCAAUUUGUUUGUCAUCCCGAUCACAUCCAGGACCGUAAUUUUCAAGGAACAAGCUGGAUACAUUGCCCUCGUACGGGGCACCUUGAAAGCUCAGAAAGCAUACUUGACGAGUCUAGAAACUAGUGAUAUGUUCGCACCAGCAGAGGUUGAUACUACCGAGGCCAAUGGAGACGGAAGCAAGAAAAAGAAGAAAGCCAAAAAGAAUGACAAGGCCGAAACUCAUCCAGCACACAACACGCAAGCCAAAGCUUUACAAGGCAGUCUAAAGGCCCUACUUGGACUUCAUGGAAAACUGCACGGAGACAUGGCAUUUGCGAAACGAGAGAUUGCUUGGGGAAAGCUCGAUGCUAAGGAUCUUGAUGAGAUCUUUAGACUUUUUCGGAGUAUCUUGAUUCCCCUCAUUGGUAUGGGAACUAUUACGGAUAUUUUCGAGAGAAUUGCAGAGCGAAGAGGUUGGGUGAGCGUGCCGAAAUCGAAGCCCAAUGAGGCUGAGAAAUGGGAGGAGUGUGGAGAGGAGGCGAAGGAACAGGAGAAGGCCACGUGGAACACAAUUAUGAAGACAUUGCACGAACCUUUCGAAGUGGUUGUUCAAGCUAUGGAUGAAGGACUCGAACAUGCGAGUCUGCUUCUAGAGCUAACACCGCGACCAAAAGCCAAACAAGGUGAUGAUGUCGAAGCGAAUGCCGAAAAUCCAAAACCUGGUGACGACGGAUUCGCCAAACAUCUGGAUCAGAAAAUGCUGGAUUUCUAUAGCAAACGAGGAGAAACUCUGAAAGCAUGGGCGAGACAAAAGGGCUUGUCAGAAGAUCAGUUCAACUCAGUCAAAAGUCCAGGCCCGGGUCAAGAAUGGACACCCGAUGAGGCUCAGCAUCGUAGAGACCAGCAGCAGCUUUAUCUGAUCUUGUAUCUGGAGCAUCUUCUGUAUUCGUGCGGAAUCGCGAUCUCAAAUCUAAUCAAAUUCGCCGAUGAAAAGGUGGCGGAUGGGACAAUGAAGAAGAACCACCUCAUUGCUCCUGGCCUGCGAAGAUUGAAGAAAUGGGUUUUGGGAAUUGGUCAAGAAGAUGCCUCAGUAGAUACUGAAACUCCAGAUUCCUUGGAAGCCGGCAUGAACACCAUCUAUCUCGGAUCUGGAUUCAACCCGAAGAAAGACCCGGAGCACUUGCCACCAGAGACGGCUUGGCAACAUUUCGGCAACGCUAUUAGAACAAUUCCACAUUUCUUGGGUUCUGGAGAGUCUGCAUUUGGCGUCAGAGUUGCCUGUGCAACAUUGAGCAUCGGAAUUGUUGCUUACUUGAGGGACACUCAAACAUUUUUCAUAGAGCAGCGACUAGUGUGGGCAAUGAUUAUCAUUGCCAUCGGCAUGACUAUGACUUCUGGACAAUCUCUCUUCGGAUUCUUUGGCCGAAUAGCAGGCACUGCUAUCGCUAUGGUCCUGUCAAUGCUCAUAUGGUACAUUGUUGACCAGAAAACUCCUGGUAUCAUUGUCUUCUUAUGGCUCGCCAUCUUCUUCACCAUGUAUUUCUUCCUCAAAUUUCCGAGGUUCAUUGCCGUUUUCUUGAUCUCUAUCGUUACUCUGGUCAUGAUUACUGGGUACGAAUUGCAGGUCAGGAAGAUAGGUCUCAAACUUUCCGAAUCGUCAGGACAGCCAUAUUAUCCUAUCUAUGAACUUGCUCCCUACAGACUAGCAUGCGUUGCAGGUGGAUCAUUUGUAGCUUUCAUUUGGACAAUAUUCCCAUACCCUCUAUCUGACAGAGGCUGGCUUCGAAAAGAUCUUGGCUCGACUCUUUAUCUUCUUGCCAACUACUACGCCGUCGUGCACUCGACCAUCAGCGCUAGAAUGCGUGACAGGGAAGGAGACAUAAACUUAGAGACCUCUCCCGGCAAGGCCCUUGAGAAAGCACGACACAAGAUCUUCGGCAAGCUGUUACUACUCCUCCCAUCUUUGCAGCAACAUGCAGAUUGGCAAAAGUGGGAACCUACCAUCGGAGGCAAAUUUCCAAGAGAAACAUACGAGGGCAUCACCCUUCGCGCUACGAAUAUCAUGAACUACCUCUCCUUAAUGGCCUACGCAACCAACUCCUGGACCAAAGACUCCGGCCACAUCUACCCAAACAGCCAACCCGCCACCCGCCGCGAAUGGCUCAACGAUCUAACCCACCUCAUCGACAGCAUCAGCCCCACUUCACACUCCAUAACCUCGAUCCUCUCCCUUCUCUCCGCAUCCGUCAAACAAGGCUCCGCCCUACCUCCCUAUAUCCAGACGCCAGAACCCUACGACCUCAGCCGGAAACUAGAGAAACUGAACCCGGGGAUCUUGGACGCGAGACAUGUGGAAGAGCCAGGGUAUAGCGCGUAUGCCGUUAUGCAGGUUUGUUCGAGUCUGGUGAGGGAUGAUCUGUUGAGGUUGGUGGAGCAUGUUAAGGAUUUGGUGGGGGAGACCGAUUUCUCGUUUACGGUGAAGAGUAGCGAGACGAGUUUUGAGAGUACGGGGAGUGAGAGUGAGGGGAAUGGGAAGGGGAAGAGGGAUUGAGGUUGUUCUGGACAGCGAGGUGUUUUGCGGCGUUCUGGUGGGUUGGGGUGAGGUGUUGGAUAUGAGUAUACAUCAAGAUUGUGACAGGGAAAUAAUUCGGAAAAUACAAGGCGAGUAUCUUCGUACAUUCACUCACAGCUUAAACUUCCAUUCUUCGCUUGCCUC